GAUUACUCUGUGCGCAGAUCCCUACGUGUCAAUUCGGUUCCGGGAAAAAGAGACUGCAAGAAAGAAAUAGGCGAUUUGUCCAGGAUGCUGAAGGAAAUUGAGGAUUUGGAAUAUCAAAUACAUCUCUGUGAUUUCUCCACAACUGAGAAAAUUGAUGAAUUCUGCGAAAGGAUUGCAGAAAAGGAGGAUGUGGUGAAUGAGAAACUGCGGGAAAUCCUGUCCAGGCAGGAUCAGAUGGAUGCCAAGAUUGCGGGAAUCAUUCGAGGGAUCAGUGAAAUUGGUCUGGUGAAGAAUGAUGCAGGAAAAUUGUCCGAAAUGAUUAAUCAUACUGGAGUCCUGGCUGAGAAUGUUAGUGCAAAAGUCAGGCGCCUGGAUGAGGCUAGGAGUCGUGUGUCGGAGUGUCAGCAGAGGGUACAUGAUCUCAUUGAUCUCCAACUGUGCAGUCAGGGCGUCAUGACAGCCAUCAAGGAGGAGGAUUACGAAAAAGGAGCAGCUCAUGUGCACAGGUUUCUCUCAAUGGAUCAAUCUCUCCUGAAGAAGACAGCAGAUGAUGUCUCGGAGUCUGUAUCGUCGGUCAGUAAAGCCGUGGACACCCUGCAGCAGGCCACAAUGCAGCUACGUCAUCUAAUCACUCAGAAAUUCGAUGAAUCCGUGAAGAAAGAUGAUCUGGCGUCCGUGGAGCGAUUCUUCAAGAUUUUCCCACUUUUGGGAAUGCAUGAUCAUGGGAUUGAGAAAUUUUCCUCAUACAUCUGCCAGAAGCUCAAUGCCAAGGCCCAAAAAGAGCUGAGAACGUCAAUGGACACAGCCAAGGCGGAAAAACGAACUGUCGUGGCAUUUGCUGACACUCUGACCAUUCUCCUGGAGAAUAUUGCCAGGGUAGUGGAAGUGAAUCAGCCGAUCAUAGAGACCUACUACGGAACAGGUCGUCUGCAUCAAAUGGUGAAGAUUCUGCAGCAGGAAUGCGAUCAGGAAGUAAAGAUUUGCCUUCUGGAAUUCAACAAGGGACGCCAGAUUCAGCGCCGGGUCAAUCAGAUCAACGAGUACAUCAAGAGCGGUGGAAGUGGUCCAUCAGCGGCUGGGCACUACCGUAAACCGUCUGGAGGAUCAACCGAUAAGCUCAAUCCGAAGGACAUUGAUUCUCUCAUUGGCGAGAUUACGAUCAUGCAUUCCAGAGCUGAGUUGUACGUGAAGUUCAUCAAGAGGAGAGUCACGAGGGAUCUCGAGAAUAGUUCCCUGGAUGAAGAGCGGAAGAAGACAGCUUGGGCAGGUGUUGAGAAUUGCCUGAAGAAUUCCGACUUAAAUCGCCAGAUGCAAGAACUUCUGGGGAUUUAUCUUCUCUUUGAGAGAUUCUUCAUGGAAGAGAGUGUCCUUAAGGCAAUUGCGUUGGAUUCUCAUGAACCUGGGCAGCAGUGCUCUAGCAUAAUCGAUGAUGUCUUUUUCAUCGUGCGCAAAUGCAUCCGGAGAGCCAAUACAACGCAAUCGCUCGAUGGGAUUUGUGCAGUGAUCAACAAUGCUGCCACUUGUCUCGAGAAUGAUUUUAUUGGUGCAUUGAAGGGGCCCCUGAAGGCCGGAUAUCCAUCGGGGUACAUUGAUCUGGCGCAGGCUUACAACGUUCUGCAGAGUUCCAUUCAGCAGGGCAAGAUUCAGACAUCGGACACUGAGCAGGCCAGGAAUAACUUUGUGGUGAAGCUGAAUGAUGCUGAUGUGGCCACGGAGUACAUUGAGACUCUGUGGACGAUGAUGAGUGAAGAGAUCAAAAUUGCAUUCCCAGGCCUUUCGGGGCGUGACAGUGAGAAGCUGGAGAGUUGUACUAGUGGACUUAAGUCUGUGGGGGAUACUCUGAAGGCGGUAAUUGACUUUGGGAUGCAGCAAUUGCGUUCCAGUGCCAUUAAACCGCGACUGCAUCAAUGGGUGGAUGAAUUCCUCUCGCUGAGUCACAAUUUCACUCAGGAAGAACUUGCAGCCUAUGAUGCUGGCGAGACGUUCAUUCAGUCACUGAUUGGGCAGAUUGAUGCAUUGCUGAAGUCAUUCGAAAGUGUUCUGACGACACGAAAUUACGGGAUUCUCGUUGAGAUUCUCGCAACGGACGUCACUGCUCGCCUCGAGAGGGUCAUCCGGAAGUCGACAUUUAAUCGCUUGGGCGGAUUGGUACUGGAUCAGGAGGUUAGGGCACUGUCCACGUAUCUCACGGGUGUCACAUCGUGGUCUGUGCGAGAUAAACUCGCCAGACUCACGCAAAUUGCAACAAUUCUCAAUCUCGAUCGUGUUUCGGAACUCAGUGACUACUACAAUCCCAGUGAUACCAGCACCACGCCUACUUGGCGCCUAUUACCCAACGAAAUACGCACCAUAAUGGCCCUGAGGAUUGAUUUCCGGGUGGAUGACAUCAAGAAGUUGAAGAUUUAAUUUAAAAGUAUUUAUUUUUUAAUAAAUCCAGCCGUGCAAUCCUUAA